CAAGGCCCUGCGUUUUCUCUCCGGUCUUUACACUUCUGAGUUCUCCUGCUUGAUAGCUUCCAGUAAGCAGAAAAAAGAAGCAAGCGACUGUGCAAAAUGGGAACAUCGGUUCAGGUCACUCCACUCUGUGGAGUCUACAGCGAAAGUCCUCUCUGUUAUCUGCUCUCCAUUGAUGGGUUUAACUUCCUCGUCGACUGCGGAUGGAAUGAUCUCUUCGACACCAAUCUUCUUCAACCCCUUGCCAAGGUAUCUUCGACAAUAGAUGCCAUUUUACUAUCACAUUCAGAUACACUUCAUCUUGGUGCUUUGCCAUAUGCAAUGAAACACCUCGGACUUUCUGCUCCAGUUUACUCAACAGAGCCUGUGUACAGACUAGGCCUCUUGACAAUGUAUGAUCAUUAUCUUUCACGAAAGCAAGUAUCAGAAUUUGACUUGUUUACUCUAGACGAUAUUGAUUCCGCUUUCCAAAAUGUGACCAAAUUGACAUAUUCUCAGAACCAUCAUCUAACUGGCAAAGGUGAAGGAAUUGUUAUUGCCCCUCAUGUGGCUGGGCAUCUUUUGGGAGGUACAGUUUGGAAGAUCACAAAAGAUGGGGAAGAUGUAAUAUAUGCUGUUGACUUCAACCAUCGCAAGGAAAGGCACUUGAAUGGAACUGUCCUGGAAUCUUUUGUUCGACCAGCUGUUCUGAUAACAGAUGCCUACAAUGCCUUGAACAAUCAGCCUUCUAGACGCCAAAGGGAUCAAGAGUUUCUUGAUGCCAUACUGAAGACUCUAAGGGCAGAUGGAAAUGUACUACUUCCUGUUGAUACAGCUGGACGAGUCUUGGAACUUAUUUUGAUGCUGGAACAGCAUUGGGCACAGCAUCACCUGACCUAUCCCAUCUUUUUUCUCACGUAUGUUGCAUCAAGCACAAUUGAGUAUGUUAAAAGCUUCCUUGAGUGGAUGAGUGAUUCUAUAGGAAAGUCCUUCGAACACACACGAGAUAAUGCUUUUCUUUUGAGGCACGUCACCCUCCUAAUCAACAAGAAUGAUCUUGAGAAAAUGCCAGAUGGUCCAAAGAUUGUUCUAGCAUCAAUGGCCAGUUUGGAAGUGGGUUUCUCUCACAACAUAUUUGUCGAAUGGGCUACUGACAACAAGAAUCUCGUGCUUUUUACAGAAAGAGGCCAGUUUGCGACGUUAGCACGCAUGCUUCAAGCAGAUCCACCACCUAAAGCAGUAAAGGUCACCAUGAGCAAGAGGGUUCCUUUGGUUGGGGAGGAGUUACGAGCUUAUGAAGAAGAACAAAACCGAAUUAAAAAAGAGGAAGCUCUAAAAGCUAGUCUUAGCAAGGAAGAGGAUUUAAAACCAUCUCAUGAGUCUGAUGCUAAUUUGGGUGAUCCAAUGGUCAUUGAUGCAAACAAUACCCGAGUCAAUUCAGAUGUGACUGGUCCACAUGGUGGUGGACACCAAGACAUCUUCAUUGAUGGAUUUGUUCCUCCAUCCACUAGUGUUUCCCCGAUGUUUCCCUUCUUUGAGAACUUUUCUGAAUGGGAUGAUUUUGGGGAGGUCAUUAAUCCUGAUGAUUACGUACUUAAGGAAGAAGACAUGGACCAAAUAUCAAUGCGGGUUGGUGGAGAUUUGGAUGGGAAACUUGAUGAAGGGUCUGCUAACUUGAUACUUGAUUCAAAGCCUUCAAAAGUUGUUUCAAAUGAAUUGACUGUGCAAGUGAAGUGUUCUCUUGUUUACAUGGACUUUGAGGGUCGUUCUGAUGGCCGUUCAAUCAAAUCAAUUCUUGCACAUGUGGCCCCAUUGAAGCUUGUUUUGGUGCAUGGAACAGCAGAGGCUACAGAGCAUUUGAAGCAACAUUGCUUGAAACAUGUUUGCCCCCAUGUUUAUGCACCUCAAAUUGGGGAAGCAAUUGAUGUCACCUCAGAUUUAUGUGCAUACAAGGUGCAACUUUCUGAGAGGCUGAUGAGUAAUGUGCUCUUCAAGAAGCUGGGGGACUAUGAGAUUGCUUGGAUUGACGCUGAAGUAGGGAAGACAGAUAGUGGCAUGCUGUCGCUGCUUCCUCUUUCAACCCCACCUCCACAUAAAUCUGUCCUUGUUGGUGAUUUAAAGCUGGCAGAUUUCAAGCAGUUUCUUGCAAGCAAGGGUGUACAGGUAGAAUUUGCAGGGGGUGCCUUAAGAUGUGGGGAGUAUGUGACACUGCGGAAGAUUGGAGAUGCCACCCAGAAGGGUGGAGUUACUAGCACUCAGCAAGUAGUCCUUGAGGGCCCCUUAACUGAAGAGUAUUACAAGAUCCGUGAAUAUCUCUAUUCGCAGUUCUAUUUGCUGUAGAUCAAGAUGCUGUGUUGUUUGGUGUGAAGGAGGUGGAAUUGGAGAUCUCAACUCGUCCAAAUGAAUGUC